AUGGUGGGGCUGACAGGCAGCCAGGUCUCUCCUGCCAGUAUAGCAGGGAGCAAGGAGCUCGUGUCUCCAGCCAGCCAGCCCUCCCGCCGCACUGCCGGCCCCUCCCCGGCCCAGGGCAGCCCAGCCGUGAGGGAGGACUCGGAGGCAGCUGCCGCCGUGUCCCGCCAGCAGGUGGCGCUUCGGACCCGGCCGCUCAGCGACGCAGACCGCGAGGAAGGGGCCUCCGUCAUCGCCCGCAAGGCGGAGACCGGGUGCUACUCAGGGCGCUGUGGCUGGCGGGGCUCUUCACGGAGCCCUCAGCGCCCAGGCCGGCUGUUCAUGGGCGUCUGGGCUGCCGUCCCGGCCGGGCCCGAGGGAUUCGGCCUUGGUUGGGCGCCGGUAUGUGAGGACUGCAAGCAAAGCCCAGCGGGCCUGGGGGCUCCCAGUCAUGGCUUCGGGGCUGCGGCAGCCAGGAGUUGCUGCACCCUCAGGUGGAAGUGGAGAGGCUGCCUGGGGGUGAGCGCAGAGGCCUGCAGCCCUUCCCAGAUCUGGGCCGAGCCCCCGGAUGCCCCCGAGCGUAGAGGCCAGGCCUGGGGUCCUCCCUCCGCCCUGAUCCUGUGCGCGGCCCCUCCCCCGAGCCCUGCCUCUCGCCGCUCCUACGUGGUGGUGUUCACGGGCCCGGCGAGGGCCCGGAGGACACGCUGCACGCACACCGGUCCCGGGAGAAGCCCUUCAUCUUCGACCAGCACACCUCCCAGCUGCCCGGCCCUACCCACCACCCCACGGCCCCGCUGGGCCAGGCCCGCCAAGGGUGUCCUCACGUGGGAGGACUUGGCGGCCAGGAAAGAUGUGUACCUUGCCACACCCCAGCACUUAGUGGAAGGCGUCAUUUCUGGAUACAACGCGACGGCGUUUGCCCACGGCCCCUCAGGUGCCAGCAAGACCCACACGACGCUGCGCGUGGACACGGGGCCCGGCGUCCACCUGCAGAUGCUCACUGACCUCUUCCAGGCCAUCGAGGAGACCCGCGAGAGCUCGGACUGCAGCAUGGCCACGUCUUACCUCGAGAUUUAUAACGAAGUGAUCUGGGACCUCCUGAACCCGUCCUCAGGGUUUCUGGACCUGCGGGAAGAUUCUAGGGGCAGCAUCCAGAUCGCAGGCAUCACGGAGGUCUCCACCUCAAACACCCAGGAGACCAUGCAGCUCCUCACCAAAGGCAACUGGCAGCGCACACAGGAGUCCACCACCACCAGCAAGAUGUCGUCCUGCUCCCACGCCAUGCUGCAGGUCACCGUGCACCAGCGCAGCCACGGCACAGACAUGGCAGAGGAAGUGCACACUGGGAGGCUCUCCAUGGUGGACCUGGCGGGCUCGGAGCUGGCGUCUCAGACCCAGAACCGAGGCAAGAGGAUGAAGGAGGGCGCUCCCAUCAACUGCUCCCUGCUGGCGCUGGGCAACUGCGUCAACGCGCUCGGCGAGAAGGGCGGCAGCCAGGCGCAACAUGUGAACUUCCCGGACAGCAAACUCACGCGCCUGCUGAAGGAUGCCCUGGCAGGGAACAGCCAGAUGGUGAUGGCUGCUUACGUCAGCCCAGCCAGCACGCACUUCAAGGAGUCGCGGACCACCCUGCUAUACGCGUACCGAGCCAGGAACAUCAAGAGGAGGGUGCGUCGCAACCUGCUGAACGUGUCCUACCACAUGGCGCAGUACGCGGACGUCAUCUCCGACCUGGGCAGGCAGAUCAAGCACCCCAAGGCCAAGGUGGAGAAGCAGGAGAAAGAGAAGAGAAGCACCCCGGCGGCCAGAACGCUCAAGGCAGGGCCGUACAUGCACCCAACCCAGAACCGAGGCAAGAGGAUGAAGGAGGGCGCUCCCAUCAACUGCUCCCUGCUGGCGCUGGGCAACUGCGUCAACGCGCUCGGCGAGAAGGGCGGCAGCCAGGCGCAACAUGAUGCCCUGGCAGGGAACAGCCAGAUGGUGAUGGCUGCUUACGUCAGCCCAGCCAGCACGCACUUCAAGGAGUCGCGGACCACCCUGCUAUACGCGUACCGAGCCAGGAACAUCAAGAGGAGGGUGCGUCGCAACCUGCUGAACGUGUCCUACCACAUGGCGCAGUACGCGGACGUCAUCUCCGACCUGGGCAGGCAGAUCAAGCACCCCAAGGCCAAGGUGGAGAAGCAGGAGAAAGAGAAGAGAAGCACCCCGGCGGCCAGAACGCUCAAGGCAGGGCCGUACAUGCACCCAGUGCCUCCUGCUGCUGGGCCGUCCGGGACACCGGAGGCCCACUGCGUCCCGCCCUUCCCGGAGCGGUGUCUGCACUGGGCACCCCACGCGGCCGCCAUCCCUCCGCCCGACACCGAGGAGGACAGCCGCCUGCAGAUGAACGAGAUCUGGGCGCAGCUCAUCGGGGGCUUCAAGGAGCAGCUGGAGACGUGA